GCAGCCUGUUUGAAAGACUGAAAACUCAGUAUUUGAAUAUGUGAAAAAGGCAGCAGAUUGCUUGAGAUAUGAUAAAAACCUAGUGUUUGCCCAGCGCUGGGGAAUUAGAAAAGGAAUGAUAAUGGGAUUCUUCACUGGUUACAUCUGGUUCAUAAUCUUCCUGUGUUAUGCAUUAGCCUUUUGGUAUGGCUCAAAACUUGUCCUUGAAGAAGAUGAGUAUUCACCUGGGACUCUCUUACAGGUUUUCUUUGGAGUCUUAAUAGGUGCUUUAAAUCUUGGUCAGGCUUCUCCUUGUUUGGAGGCUUUUGCCACUGGCCGCGGGGCUGCAACAAACAUCUUUGAGACGAUAGAUGCAAAACCUACCAUUGACUGCAUGUCAGAAGAGGGCUACAAGUUGGAUAAAAUAAGAGGUGACAUUGAAUUCCAUAAUGUAACAUUCCAUUACCCAUCCAGGCCCGAAGUAAAGAUUUUGGAUAAUCUUAGCAUGGUUAUUAAAUCAGGGGAUACAACCGCUUUUGUUGGACCCAGUGGAGCUGGGAAAAGCACCACAGUGCAGCUCAUCCAGAGGUUCUAUGACCCCUCUGAAGGCAUGGUUACCCUGGAUGGCCAUGACAUUCGCUCCCUUAACAUUCAGUGGUUGCGCUCACUGAUUGGUAUUGUUGAGCAAGAACCAGUCCUGUUUGCCACCACAAUUGCAGAGAAUAUUCGCUAUGGCCGUGAUGAUGCUAGUAUGGAAGACAUCAUCAAAGCAGCCAAGGAAGCCAACGCCUACAACUUUAUCAUGGAUCUGCCACUGCAAUUUGACACUCUUGUUGGAAAGGGUGGAGGCCAGAUGAGUGGAGGUCAGAAACAAAGGAUAGCUAUUGCUCGAGCCCUUGUCCGAAACCCUAAAAUCCUGCUACUAGAUAUGGCCACGUCAGCACUGGACAAUGAAAGUGAAGCUAUUGUCCAAGAAGCACUUCAUAAGGCACGCAUUGGGCGCACUGCAAUCUCAAUAGCUCAUCGUCUGUCCACAGUCAAAGCCGCUGAUGUCAUCAUUGGGUUUGAGCAUGGAAGGGCGGUUGAGAGAGGAACACAUGAGGAGCUACUGGAAAGGAAAGGGGUUUAUUUCACACUGGUGACCUUGCAAAGCCAAGGAGACAAAGCACUUACUGAAACAGCAGUGGAAAAAAAUAACUUGCUUGUUACACCAAACCUUAAGAAAGACCAGUCAUUUAGCCGUGGGAGCUAUCAAAGCAGCUUGCGCGCUUCAGUUCGACAGCGUUCCAGGUCUCAGCUCUCUAAUGUAGUACCCAGCCAUCCAUUAUCAGUCACUGGAGACCAGUCAGACACUGUAUAUCGACUGCAUCAAUAUGAAGAAGGCACAUCUACGCAAAAGACAUUUGAGGAGGAAGAAGAGGAAGUGGAGCCUGCACCAGUCACCAGGAUUUUGAAAUACAAUUCUCCAGAGUGGCCUUAUAUGUUGUUUGGAUCUGUUGGCGCAGCUAUGAAUGGGGCAGUCAAUCCACUCUAUGCUCUAUUAUUCAGUCAGAUUCUUGCAACCUUUUCCAUGCCUGAUAAAGAAGAGCAAAGAGCACUGAUCAAUGGCAUCUGCCUGCUUUUUGUCCUUGUUGGAGCUGUAUCAUUUUUCACACAGUUCCUGCAGGGAUACACAUUUGCAAAAUCUGGUGAGUUGCUUACAAGACGGUUAAGGAAAAUGGGUUUCCAAGCUAUGCUAGGCCAAGAGAUUGGUUGGUUUGAUGAUCACAGAAACAGCCCUGGUGCCUUGACUACAAGACUUGCAACAGAUGCAUCACAGGUUCAAGGGGCUACCGGCUCUCAGAUAGGAAUGAUUGUCAGUUCCUUAACCAACAUUGGAGUGGCCAUUAUCAUUGCCUUCUACUUCAGCUGGAAACUAACUCUAGUUAUAAUGUGCUUCCUGCCCUUUUUAGCCUUAUCUGGAGCUGUGCAGGCUAAAAUGUUGACAGGAUUUGCCUCGCAGGACAAGCAAGCUAUGGAAACUACUGGGCAGAUUUCCAGUGAAGCCCUCUCUAACAUUAGGACUGUAGCUGGCAUAGGGAAGGAGAGAAAGUUUAUUGAAGCAUUUGAAGAACAGCUGGAAAUCCCAUACAGAGCUGCAAUCAGUAAAGCAAAUGUUUAUGGAAUCUGUUUUGGCUUUGCCCAAUGUAUAGUGUUCAUAGCCAAUUCAGUCUCUUAUCGAUACGGAGGUUUUUUGGUGGAGAAUGAAGGACUUCAUUAUAGCUAUGUGUUUAGGGUGAUCUCUGCUGUUGUGACCAGUGGCACUGCUUUGGGAAGAGCUUCUUCUUAUACUCCAAACUAUGCUAAAGCAAAAAUAUCUGCUGCACGUUUUUUUCAACUGGUGGAUCGGGUUCCCCAAAUCAGUGUUUACAAUGAUAGCGGAGAAAAAUGGGACAAUUUCAAGGGAAACAUUGAAUUUAUCAACUGCAGGUUCACGUAUCCUUCUCGGCCUGACAUCCAAGUUUUGAAUGGCCUCUCAGUGUCUGUUAAACCUGCGCAGACACUUGCAUUGGUUGGAAGUAGUGGAUGUGGCAAAAGCACUAGCGUCCAGCUUCUGGAGCGCUUUUAUGACCCUGACAAAGGACGUGUGUUAAUAGAUGGCCACGAUUCCAAGAAAAUAAAUAUACAGUUUCUUAGAUCUAAAAUUGGAAUAGUGUCUCAGGAGCCUGUGUUAUUUGACUGUAGUAUUGCUGAUAAUAUUAAAUAUGGUGAUAACAGCAAAGAGAUCACUAUGAAAGAAGUUAUAGAAGCAGCAAAGAAGGCCCAGCUGCAUGACUUUGUCAUGUCCCUUCCAGAUAAAUAUGAAACUAAUGUUGGGGCUCAGGGAUCCCAGCUUUCUCGUGGGCAAAAGCAACGCAUCGCUAUAGCUCGGGCUAUCAUACGAGAUCCUAAAAUUUUAUUAUUGGAUGAAGCAACAUCUGCCUUAGACACAGAAAGUGAAAAGACCGUGCAAGAUGCAUUGGAUAAAGCCAGAGAAGGACGGACCAGCAUUGUCAUAGCACAUCGGUUGUCUACAAUUCAAAACUCUGAUAUCAUAGCUGUCAUGUCUCAAGGAAUUGUUGUUGAAAAGGGCACUCAUAAUGAACUGAUGGCCAGGGAAGGAGCUUAUUACAAACUUGUCACCACUGGAGCACCAAUUAGCUGAUUUACCACAGGCUCUGUGUAAACUUGAAGGAUGAGUUUUCUAAAUGAGAACUCUGCAGUUGGUUUGGCAAUGCUGGUACCCCUUUAAGUUGUUGCAUGGUACAAAACUCUGUCAUAUGACCAGUUACAUGGGACACUAUCAAGCCUAAAAUGUAUCUUGCCUUCUGGAGUCGGCAAGCCCUGUAGGAUCAUAUAUGGUGACUACAGAGUAGGCUGAUUUGUUCAAGAGAUAGCCUAGCCCAUUGUGCAAGGGAGAAAAGGAAUUUCCUGGUAAGAAAGCUCUUUAUCUGGGAGUUGUGGAGCUAUUGGAGGGUAGGGAGCUCGUGUAAAAUGCCUUUGUAGUCCGGCUGCACAGUGCCUUACUUGCUGGACUAAAUGUUAGUCAAGGAAGAAUCCACCCUGAAUAUUAGCAUGUCAGAGCAGGGACUGCUUCUUUUGGCAAGUAAAACAUAACACCAAGUACGAUACUAGCUUCUAUUUUAGUGGUGGGAUCAAAUAUUUCCUAACCUGAAGGUU